AUGGGAAGAGCUCCAUGUUGUUCUAAAGUUGGAAUGAAGAAAGGACCAUGGUCUAUAGAAGAAGAUAUGUUGCUCACUAAUUACAUUCACCUACAUGGUGAAGGUAAUUGGAGAUCUUUGCCAAUGCAUGCUGGACUUCUUAGAUGUGGUAAAAGUUGCAGAUUAAGAUGGGUGAAUUAUCUUCGACCAGGCAUUAAGAGAGGAAAUUUUAGUCCAGACGAAGAUGAUCUUAUCAUCCGUCUUUAUUCACUUCUUGGUGGUCGAUGGUCCCUAAUAGCUGGAAGAUUGUCAGGGAGAACUGAUAACGAGAUCAAGAAUCAUUGGCACACUAAUCUCUCGAAGAAACUCAAGGCAUUAGGAAUCGAACCAAAAUCUAAAAAAUCCACUCCAAAACGAACUACUAAAAAGAAAUGUAGACAAAACAAAGAAGAGAAACGGCGAAGACAAGGUAAAAAGGCAAGAAAGACUGAUAACCUUCUACAACAGGAGGUCGAAAAGCGUGAAAGCCGGAUGGAAAAAGAUGAAGUAGUUGGGAAGUUUCAAGUGCAUAUUCCAAAACCAAUAAGGCUUAUUCCACAUGGAUAUUCAUAUUCUUCUUCAAGCAAAAGUGAUUUUCAAGAUAAAAUUGGAGAAAAUGAUGAAAUUUGUAAGAAAUUUCAAUUGUUUGAUGAAUUGCUGAAUGGAUGUGAUAACAAUAUUUCAAAUGAAUGCUUAGAGGAAAAUAUGCUAAAGGAGGUUUACAAAGAAUAUUUUCAACUUAUUUCUGAAAUUUGA